AAAGUUUAUCAGAGCCAGUAGUUAUGUCGUCUUCUUCAAUUCCCUUAAGUCGGAACUAUUAUUCCCAAUCGGAGUAUUGCGAAGAUAAAAAAAAAAAAACAGUGAGAGAUGCGGCGACGACCAGGAAUCGGAGGGCUACAAAAGGCCGCGGCUGCGCGGGUUUUACUUGAUCAGUACCGGUUAUUAGGAGAGAAUGUGGCAAAGUUACGAACGGAUAUGAUGAAAGAACAGCUCGCCACGUUCAAGUCCCAGCUUGAAGAGUUCGCUCGUAAACACAAGAAUGACAUUCGUAAAAAUCCAGCCUUUAGAGCUCAGUUCCAUGAAAUGUGUGCUAAAGUUGGUGUGGAUCCACUUGCUUCCAACAAGGGCUUCUGGGCUGAGCUCCUUGGAAUUGGUGACUUCUACUAUGAACUUGGCGUUCAGAUUAUUGAAGUUUGCAUGCUUACAAGGUCCCUCAAUGGAGGUUUGAUCAGCUUGCAAGAGCUAUCCAGCCAUCUUCGUCAGAGAAGGAAAAAAGACCGUGAAGCUGUCACCGAAGAUGAUUGUCUCCGAGCUAUUAGCAAGCUAAAGGUAUUGGGUAGUGGAUUUGAGGUCAUCACAAUUGGCAAGAAAAAGCUUGUCCGUUCAGUCCCCACUGAGCUCAACAAAGACCAUAACCAAAUCUUGGAGCUGGCUCAGGGUCAAGGCUUUGUGACUGUGGAACAAGUACAAAGACGGCUCUCGUGGGCUUCAGGUCGGGUCAUAGAUGCUCUCGAAACUUUGUUAGAGGAGGGCCUUGCAAUGAUCGACAAUGGCAUUAAAGACGGAAAAUGUCAGUAUUGGUUCCCCUGUGUCUCUUCUGUCUACUCAUUCGUUGGAUCUGAUACUUAAAACUGUUACAUCUCUCUUUUGUAAUCAUGUUUUGUACUCAAUACACUCACUCUGUAUUGCAUAUAAAUCACGUAGAAAAUAAUCUUAUCAGUAUAUUCCUUAAA